AUGUUCUUUCUUGUGGAAAUGUUUAACCCAAAGAAUGCCAAUCUUGUUAAUUUGAGAGUUAAUCUACUUGCAAAUGAUUCAUCUCGCUCAAAGGAAGGAGAGAUGGAAGGGAUUAAGCUUUCUUUCCCAGCGGAUACUCCACCACUUUCAGUCAUCGCUGCUAUCGCUCUCUCAGCCUCUCCGGUCACUAUCGACUCCUCCGCCAUCGCUACCACCGUCCCUACUUUUGCCUUCUCCGACGGGCGGAAACUGAGUGGUGCGUCCGUUCUUCUUCGCUAUGUUGGUCGAUCUGCGAACACGCUUCCUGAUUUCUACGGCCGCGAUGCUUUUGAAUCUUCCCAGAUUGAUGAGUGGGUAGAUUACGCUCCUGUCUUCUCCACUGGUUCAGAGUUUGAGAAUGCUUGCACUCGCGUCGAUAAGUACCUCGAGAGUCUCACGUUUCUUGUUGGCCAUUCUCUUUCCAUUGCUGAUGUCGCUAUUUGGUCUGCUCUUGCUGGAUCUGGCCCGAGAUGGGAAAGCUUGAGGAAAUCGAAAAAGUAUCAGAAUUUGGUUAGAUGGUUCAAUUCGAUAUUGCUCGAGUACACCGAGCCACUCAACAAGGUGGUAGCAACGUACACUGUUAAGAAAGGCUCAGGGAAGCCUGUUGCUGCACCGAAGUCCAAAGACCAACAACAAGCUCUGAAAUCAGACGCUAAUGAUAAAGGGAAACCUGAAGUGGACUUGCCUGGUGCAGAGAUGGGAAAGGUCCGGCUCCGGUUUGCUCCUGAACCGAGCGGUUAUCUUCACAUUGGACACGCCAAGGCCGCGUUGCUCAACAAGUAUUUCGCCGAGCGCUACCAAGGGGAAGUGAUCGUGCGUUUUGAUGAUACUAACCCGGCUAAAGAGAGCACUGAGUUUGUGGAUAACCUUGUGAAGGAUAUUGGGACCUUGGGGAUCAAGUACGAGAGAGUGACGUACACUUCUGAUUACUUUCCUGAGCUGAUGGAAAUGGCGGAGAAGCUGAUGCGCGAGGGUAAGGCGUAUGUUGAUGACACGCCGAGGGAAGUUAUGCAGAAAGAGAGGAUGGAUGGGAUUGAUUCAAAAUGCAGGAAUCAUAGCGUCGAGGAGAAUUUGAAGCUAUGGAAGGAAAUGAUUGCGGGAAGUAAGAGAGGGUUAGAGUGCUGUGUUCGUGGGAAAUUAAACAUGCAAGAUCCUAACAAAGCCAUGAGAGACCCGGUUUACUAUCGAUGCAACCCUAUGACUCACCACCGUAUCGGUGAUAAGUAUAAGAUAUAUCCUACGUACGACUUUGCUUGCCCGUUUGUGGAUUCUCUUGAAGGUAUAACGCAUGCCCUUAGGUCUAGUGAGUAUCAUGACCGGAAUGCUCAGUACUACAAAGUUCUGGAGGACAUGGGAAUGCGAAGGGUUGAGCUUUACGAAUUCAGCCGGUUAAAUCUGGUUUACACUCUUCUCAGCAAGCGCAAGCUUCUCUGGUUUGUCCAGCAGGGUUUGGUUGGCGGGUGGGAUGAUCCACGUUUCCCGACAGUGCAAGGAAUUGUGCGCAGAGGUUUGAAAAUCGAGGCUUUGAUCCAGUUCAUUCUCGAGCAGGGUGCUUCGAAGAAUCUAAAUUUGAUGGAAUGGGACAAGCUCUGGUCUAUUAACAAGAAGAUAGUUGAUCCUGUGUGCCCUAGACAUACGGCUGUGGUUGAAGAGCGGCGUGUGCUGUUGACCUUAACGGAUGGUCCUGAUGAGCCGUUUGUCCGCUUGAUACCAAAGCACAAGAAAUUUGAAGGUGCCGGAGAAAAGGCGACCACUUUCACAAAGAGCAUUUGGAUCGAAGGAGUCGAUGCGAGUGCCAUCUCUGUUGGUGAGGAAGUAACUUUGAUGGAUUGGGGAAAUGCUAUUGUGAAGGAAAUCACCAAGGACGAGGAGGGUCGUGUCACUGCGUUAUCCGGCGUUCUGAAUCUCCAAGGAUCUGUGAAGACUACGAAGCUGAAGCUCACUUGGCUUCCCGAGAUUAACGACUUGGUCAAGCUCACAUUAACGGACUUUGAUUAUUUGAUCACCAAGAAGAAGCUUGAAGAAGAUGAUGAAGUUGCUACUUUUGUGAAUCCUUACACGAAGAAGGAAACAUUGGCACUUGGUGAUUCGAAUAUGAGGAAUCUGCAGCGUGGGGAUGUGAUUCAGCUUGAGAGGAAAGGCUAUUACAGGUGCGAUGUGCCAUUUGUCAAAUCGUCGAAACCCAUUGUGUUAUUCUCAAUUCCAGAUGGAAGGCAACACCAGCCAUUGGCUGCUAACUGA